GUAUGUUUACUUUAUCCGGCACUGCUGUAACCUAAAUAACAAUUUUAGAUUAGAAAAUGUGCUUACCAUGACAUCUUGGUAGCGCUUAUCUCCAUGCCGAUAAAAAAAUUUUAAGGGGCAAAAUCGAAACCAAAUAAAUAAAUUUAAUAUUUAUAAAAAUGCUUUCGACGAAUUUUAUUUGUCACAAACCUAAAUAAAAUAUAAUAAAAUGAAAAAUUAGAUUAACAAAUUUAUUAAUUUGCUAGCUUAACCAAGUUUCACCAAACACCAUUCCCAAGAGUGUGCCAUUUAAGCUAAUAACUUUUCGAUUAAAUAAAAAAAAAAAAUAUUGUUUCAAGUUCACUAAUGUUUCGCCCUAUUUAAUCAAAAUUGUCGCAUUUAGUCCGAAGUGAGUGACGCUGCUGUGUCUGGCAACUUGGAUGCCCCCGAAGGUGGCUUUGAUGCCAUAAUGCAAGCGAUGGUUUGUCGUCAGCAGAUCGGCUGGCGUGAGAAAGCGCGUCGUCUACUUGUCUUCUCAACAGAUGCUGGCUUCCAUUAUGCUGGUGAUGGCAAGCUUGGCGGUGUGAUUACCCCCAACGAUGGUGAAUGUCACUUAAGCGCCGAUGGUCUUUACACUCACUCGGUUAUACAAGAUUAUCCCAGCAUUUCACAAAUCAAUCACAAGGUGAAACAAAAUUCGAUUAACGUUAUCUUCGCUGUUACCGCCAAUCAGCACUCGGUGUAUGAAAAGCUUUCGCAACACAUUGAGGGUUCUUCUAGCGCGGUGCUGUCAGAGGAUUCAUCGAACGUGGUCGAUCUGGUACGCUCUGAGUACAGCAAAAUCUCCUCAUCCAUUGAAAUGAAGGACAACGCCACUAGUCACGUGAAGGUGACCUAUCAUUCGGCGUGUCUAAAUAGUGGCUCCGAGAUACCUAC